CUAUCCCCCAUGACAUUCAGAAUCUAGUUGGUAUUAUGGCAUCACACUUGUUCAUCCUCUUGAUGCUUUAGGCUUUUCUCGUUUCUACUUCUGUUUCUUCCACUCUGUCUUUCUCUCCCAAUCAAACAGAAACUCUUCUCAAAUGGAAAACCAGUCUUGACAACCAAAGCCAAAGCUUACUCUCAUCUUGGGUUGGGGACUGUCCUUGCAAAUGGGUUGGAAUUGCUUGUAAUAAAGCUAAAAGCAUCAUCAGCAUAACCAUUCAUGAUUAUGGUCUCAGAGGUAGGAUUGCUUAAAUCUCUCACUGAACUUGAUUUCUCUAAUAACGGUUUCUUUGGCUCAAUCCCUACUUCCAUAGGAAACUUGAGCAACCUGUCUAUUCUUGCUCUCUAUGAUAACAUGCUUUUUGGCUCAAUACCUUCUGAGGUAGGAUUGCUUAAAUCUCUCACUAAACUUUUGUUGUAUGAGAAUAGUUUCUUUGGCUCAAUUCCUACUUCCAUAGGAAACUUGAGCAAGCUAUCUAUUCUUGCUCUCUCUGAAAACAUGGUUUCUGACUCGAUACCUUCUGAGGUAAGAUUACUUAAAUCUCUCACUGAACUUGUUUUGUAUAAUAAUAGUUUUUUUGGUUUAAUCCCUACUUCCAUAGGAAACUUGAGCAACCUAUCUAUUCUUCGUCUCUCUAAUAACAUGCUUUCUAGCUCAAUACCUUCUGAGGUAGGAAUGCUUAAAUUUCUCACUGAACUUGAUUUGUUUAAUAACAAUUUCUUUGGCUCAAUCUCUACUUCCAUAGGAAACUUGAGCAACCUAUUUGUUCUUGCUCUCUAUGAUGACAAGCUUUCUAACUCAAUCCCUUCUGAGAUUGGAUUGCUUAAAUCUCUCACUAAACUUUAUUUGUAUAAUAACUAUUUAUCCGGGCCUAUUCCUUUGGAAAUGAAUAACCUUAUCCUUCUUAAAGAUUUAUCUUUGUGUAAUAACAAACUUAGUGGCCAUUUACCUGAGAAUAUUUGCCUUGGGGGAGUUCUCACACGCUUGUCAGCACAUAACAAUCAUUUGACAGGUUUAAUCCCGAAAAGUUUGAAAAACUGCAAUAGUUUAUUAAGAGUAAGGCUUGGAGGGAACCAACUUGAAGGGGAUAUAACAAAGGCUUUCGGAAUAUAUCCCAAGUUGGAUUAUAUUGAUGUCAGCAAUAACAAGUUGUAUGGUGAGCUUUCUCCAAAUUGGGUUCAAUAUCAUAAUCUCACAAGCUUGAAGAUCUCUAACAAUAACAUCUCUGGUAAGAUAGCUCUUAAGCUAGCUCAAGCCACUCAAUUACAACGCCUCGAUCUUGCUUCAAAUCAGCUGAAUGGGGAGAUUCCUAAGGAAUUAUGCAACUUGACAUCAUUGGUCUAUCUCUUUCUAAACGAUAACCAACGGUUUGGUAGAAUCCCAUUAGAAAUAGGACAGCUACUCAAUUUGCAACAACUCAGUUUGUCCGCAAACAAAUUGAACGGAGCAAUUCCAAUACAACUUGGAAAAUGCUUCAGGUUAUUGAGCUUGAAUUUGAGCAACAAUCAACUUGGGGGAAGUAUUCCAUUUGAAAUAAAGAACAUAUUUGCCCUUGAAACUCUUGAUUUGAGUUGGAAUAUUCUAAUGGGAGAGAUUCCACCAGAGCUUGGAAGAUCCCAAAGGUUUGAAACACUUAAUCUUUCUCACAACAUGCUCUCUGGACUCAUACCUCCUACUUUUGAUAAAAUGUUGAGCUUGACAUACGUCAACAUCUCCUACAAUCAGUUGGAGGGCCCAAUCCCUCACAUCAAAGCCUUACUUGACGCCCCAUUUGAUGCUCUUGAAAACAAUAAAGGCCUUUGUGGCAAUGCCUUUGGCCUAAUGCCUUGUCCAUCCAAAAGCCACAAGAGAAGUUCAAGCGGACUUGUGAUUUUGAUAGUUGUACCUGUUUUGGGCGGCUUGCUACUAUUGCUUAUCUUGGUGUGGUGUUUACUUCUUGUUCAUUGCAAAAAAUAUAAGCCAAGAAAGAGUCAAUAUCAAGAUAUUUUUGCCAUAUGGGGACAUGACGGUCAAAUCCUCUAUGAAAACAUUCUUGAAGCUACAGAGCAAUGUAACUCCAAUUACUGCAUUGGCUCAAGAGGAUAUGGAAAUGUUUACAAAGUUGUUUUGCCUACAGAAAUACGACAUCGCAACAUUGUUAAGUUGUAUGGUUUUUGUUCUAAUGCGGAGCACUCAUUGCUAGUCUAUGAGUUUGUGGAAAGAGGGAGCUUGAAAAUGGUUUUGAGCAACCCAGAAGAAGCAGUGAAGUUGGAUUGUGAUAAGAGCUUUGGGGUGGUAGCAAUGGAAGUAAUCAUAGGAAGGCAUCCAGGUGAUAUCAUUUCGAAUUUAUGGACAUCGAAUGGCCAAAAGAUGCUGCUGAAGGAUGUUAUAGACCAGCGUCUUCAACCUCAAAGGAGGAACCGAGUAGCUGAGCAAGUGGUUUCAACAACAAAGCUAGCCUUUACAUGCCUGCAUGUUAAUCCCCAAUUGCGGCCCACCAUGCAGCAAGUUUAUCAGGCACUUACUAGUGGUCGACCAUCUCCAUUGCCAAAGCCAUAUUCAAUGAUGAGUUUAGGGGAUUUGAUUGGAGAUGGACAUGGAGUGCAGAACUGAGUUGCUGAUGAUUUGGAUUUUCGUCGUAUUUCUAGGUAUAUAUAUGUCUAUCAUUUAUCCUUUUUAAUAUGUCUACCCUUUUCUCUCAACAAUAACUAUUUCAGUGCUUUGUUUGUUGCUCUCUUCAUGAAGCAUUUAUUAAUCUGUAUUCACAGGCUGCUAUUUACUCAUGCAAUGGAAUUGUUCCAUAUCCGUAUUACUGGUUGCCAGGACUUGCAAAGAGCUUGAAGAAAUGCUGAUAAUUAGCCUGAAGAUGAAUGGUUACUUUUAUCCUUCGUUCCUUUCCUUUCGUUUCCUUGUAGGCUCCCCGCACUUGGUUGUUUUUAAUUUCCAUCUAGAUAACAUAUUUUCUGUAUUUCCCCUUUUGUGCUUUUCUUGUUUGUGUAUUAUUGUGCUUCUUAUGUCUUUUCUUCCAGCCUAGUGUAAGGAGAUUGUGUGGAGUACAUCUAUUCAAUAAGAUUACAUUUAGGCU